AUGACUUCAGGUACAUCAGCUGUGCUGCAAGAGCUUGUUGACUCACCACUGAACUUCAUCUACGCUUGUUCCGUUUGUUGCGCUACCUUUGCUGAUGCCUAUGAGGGUCACAAUGAGACAGUCCAGGGUCUUUCGGACGGCAUCAACCCCAAAGAGCGUCUCGUAACGGAACUGUACCUUGGCAGCUGCUGCCAUGUCUUCUGCAGAGAGCACAUUGAGGGAGGUGGUCCUCCAUUCCACCCCGCCGGCCAGAAGCCCAAAGCACCGUGUCCGGUAUGCGUCAAAGAGCAGGGCGAGAGUACCGCGCGUGAGCUUUAUUCCAUUCGUGGCUUUCACAAAGACGAAUAUGACUCCGCAAUUCCCCCAAUCUGGUUCAAGGCGCCUCCGAUCAAUCUGGGUGGAAACAACAAAGAGAUGGAAGCUCUGCGCUUCCAGUAUCUGGCGCUGAUACGCUACUGCCAAGUAUCUUAUCGAACACGGAAGCCACUUUCAAACGAGUUGGCGGACGCGAAAAACGAGCUAGCCACCAUGCAGAGUCGCGUAACGGAUGAGCACUCAAAGUUUGCGGAUCUCCAGCGCGAGAAUGAGGAAUUGCGAACUUCGGCACAGCAGGUCGAAGAUGCGGAGGCGCUCAGGGCAGAAGUACAACAAUUACGACAUCUGGAAGAAGAGUUUGAUCAAUUCAACGCGGACCUGAAGGCUUUCCGCCGUCUCAAAGCAGAUGUGCGCGAUCUGGAAACGUUUCGUAAGAACAAGGGUGCCAUACUACAACAUCUGAAGCUGGUCCCCGAGCUGGUAGAGCAAAAUAGGAAGAUGAAGGAACGGCUUUCCUCGCUGGGUUUUGCAAUGGCACUCGAGCCUGUUCCCAAUUAUUCACAGCUAACCUCUGAUGAUCUCAACGAGAUGGAAAGCAUUGCUGAGAUAUACCUCGAGGACCACGGGUGCUUCCAGAAGUCGUCUUCUAGCCACACCGCUGGACGAUCUGCACACACAUCGGGCAAUGAAGCUGUUGCUCACCCUUUCACAUCCAGCGAUCGCCCGUUAAAGCGUCGAAGGGUCGACUCCCCUCUUCCGUACGAUAUGAACGUCGACGCAUCGAACAGCCGGGAUGCUAUGCCGCCCCCAUCAAAAAUUCCGUCCAGGAUACGCUCUGUGCGAGGACUGAUCCCUAACAUACGUAAGAAAUUCUCAAGCCGCCAGUCUAUACCGAAAAUGCAACGGGCCAAUAAUGGCGAUGUACGAAUGUACGACCAGGGACACUGGCGAAGUGCAGUGAAAUUUCCCAUUGGAGAUAGCUGUUCAUCUACACAUCAUGACAUACGCAGUGAACCGCCCUACAUGACUGGAGCAUUACCAGUGGAGCCAACAUCGCAAGCAUCUCACCUGUUCACCAACCUAGGAGCGCACACAAAUGCCUCGGACUUUACUUUCCGUGCAUCCUCGCCUGUCAAAAUGAACCGUGGCCAAAGCGAAGACCAGCAAGCGCGAUUACCUACGGAACCGUCGUACCUGCAGCUUAUGGACGGCUUGUCACACGACAGCGACUUCGAACUGGGACUGACAGACCCCCGUAGGAACGCAACGAGGCAAUGCGAGGCUGGUAGCAUUGUCAAACCUUUUUUCCAGAACCCUCAGGGCCAGCGCCGACCCACCGAAGUCAACACACAGCAGCGCUGGGGACUGGGUCACGCUUUCCUCCACCAGUCACCUAACGGGCCACCAAAGCUAGCUGGAUACCAACGUAGCGCCCUGUACCGAGAGCCCAAGGCCCACUUCAGCCGAGCUCAGUAUGAUCCGUCUGUAGGGGCUGCAAGUCCAGCUUCCAACCCGGUCCAACAACCAGCUCGUCAGAUCGGAAACGUAUUCAAGUCGUUUCGGCGCCUAUCAGUCACAGAGGCACCCAACUUCACAGAUGCCAACCGAAUGGCAUGA